AUGCUCAAAAUGAAUAAUCAAGAUAUCCACGACGUUAUAAUAAUCGGUGGUGGCGUCUGUGGCCUCGCAAUGGCAGCCAGAUUGCGGGAGCAGACUCCGUCGGCACUCUUCACCGAUGAAGAGCAUCGCCGGUUCCGCUGGAUUGGGAAACACGGCAACAAGGUAUCUCUGAAGCAGACCAAGAGUGGAAAGAUUAAGACUCGUCGUCCUAGCACUGGCCCUGGAUACAACAUGUCAGUGCUGGAUUCCACUGAUGACCAGUGGCUGGCGCGAUGGCACUACCUUUUCCACACGUACGAAAUUUCUCAUCUUCGAAGCCCGAUGCUCUGGCACGCCGAUCCUUUCGACCGCGACUCCCUACUUGCCUACACAUACGAAAACAAACGCGAGGACGAGCUAGUCGAGAUCCGAAACUGUGUUGGAAAGGAAGUCAGCAAGCACGGCCACAAGAAAGCAGCUGGUCGGCACUGUGGUGGGAAACAAACAUCGCGUGUCGCUAUAAAUGUGCGAGACAAAAACGACUAUUUCACGCCAUCUUGUGGAGUGUUCAGAGACCACUGCGCCUCAGUGACCCAGCGCUACGAUCUGGAAGCCGGUGUGUUGCAGAAAGAGGCUGUGCAAAACUUGGACUUUGGAUACGUGGAAGCUUUUCCAGACGAGCCAGAGAAGCUGUUCACAGUCACCACAGACAAGGGUGUACGCUAUGCACGUACUGUUGUCAUGGCAGUCGGCGCUGCCAACGCCCCCAAAGUGCCCGUCAUCCCAUCCAUGCCCAACGCCAACGGCCAAUACCCGCAAGCCUGCCACAGCCUCCAGAUCAAGGAAUUCCCGGAUCCCUAUCUGAAAAGCCGAAUCAAAGCCAAGCAGGCAACGAAUGUUGUUGUCGUCGGUGGUGGUCUGACGUCUGCUCAGCUCGCGGACCUCGCCAUCCGCCGCGGCGUCGCCCGAGUCUGGCACAUUAUGAGGGGACCAUGUCGCGUGAAGCUGUUUGACUUGAGCCUAGAGUGGAUGGGCAAGUAUAAGAACACGGAGCAAGCCCGCUUCUGGCUGGCUGACUCAGACGAGGAGCGCUUGGACAUCAUCAAGACGGCGCGCGGGGGCGGUAGCAUUACCCCACUCUACAACAAAAUUUUGAAGAAGCAUAUUGCUGCGGGCAAAGUCGAGCUCAUCACUAACACGAGCAUUGUCGAUGCCCGUUUCGAGCCGCGGGCGGGCCAGGACGGCGGCCAGUGGCACAUUACCACGAACCCGCCCGUGGAGCUGCCACCGAUGGACUUUAUGUACUUUGCGACCGGUAUUCAGACAGACUUUACGUCUCUACCGUAUAUGCAGACAAUUCUGCGCAAGCAUCCCGUCCAGGGGUUUGGAGGAUUCCCAUGCCUGAACGACGACUUGAUGUGGAGCGACGACGUGCCGCUGUUCAUGGUGGGCAGGCUGGCCGCGUUGCGCCUCGGCCCAGGAGCGGCGAAUAUUGGUGGUGCCAUGGUCGGCGCCGAGCGAGUGUCGUGGGCCAUUGAGGAUAUACUACGCCGAUCGCAGCCAGAGGCGGAGAGCGACAGCCCUGCCAUGGAGGAGUAUCUCAAGGGCCAUAGCAACAUGUAUAGUACUCUAGCGUGCGAGUAG